AUGAGCAGUGAAACGAGCUGCACUGAAACGAGCUGCAGUGAAACGAGAUGCAGUGAAACGAGAUGCACUGAAACGAGCUGCAGCGAAACGAGCUGCAGCGAAACGAGCUGCAGUGAAACGAGCUGCACUGAAACGAGCUGCAGUGAAACGAGCUGCACUGAAACGAGAUGCAGUGAAACGAGCUGCAGUGAAACGAGCUGCAGUGAAACGAGAUGCAGUGAAACGAGCUGCACUGAAACGAGAUGCAGUGAAACGAGCUGCACUGAAACGAGCUGCAGUGAAACGAGCAGCAGUGAAACGAGAUGCAGUGAAACGAGCUGCACUGAAACGAGCUGCACUGAAACGAGAUGCAGUGAAACGAGAUGCAGUGAAACGAGCUGCACUGAAACGAGCAGCAGUGAAACGAGCUGCUGUGAAACGAGCAGCAGUGAAACGAGCUGCAGUGAAACGAGCUGCACUGAAACGAGCUGCAGUGAAACGAGCUGCAGUGAAACGAGCUGCACUGAAACGAGCUGCAGUGAAACGAGCAGCAGUGAAACGAGAUGCAGUGAAACGAGCUGCACUGAAAUGAGCUGCAGUGAAACGAGCUGCACUGAAACGAGCAGCAGUGAAACGAGCUGCUGUGAAACGAGCUGCUGUGAAACGAGCAGCAGUGAAACGAGCUGCAGUGAAACGAGCUGCUGUGAAACGAGCAGCAGUGAAACGAGCUGCAGUGAAAUUAGCUGCUGUGAAACGAGCAGCAGUGAAACGAGC